UAUACUGAUCGUUCGGCUAAUCUCGUCUACGACACGCAGCAGAGAGAUCCCACGAUCCCGAGAGAUCUUACUGCGUCGUCGUCACGGCGAUGAGCUGACAAUAUACUUGAGGAACGAAUACUUGGCCCGUUGCCGGCGCAUCGUCCAGUCUGCUUCCGACCAUUCGACGUUACAUCGUCGACGCGCCGACUAACCGAGGGCGACCAGUCAGCCAGCGUGUCCUUUCCACGAAGUGACACUCUUUGUAAAGACUCUUCGCAAGUCCGACCCGAAGAACCAUUUCGAGUGAGGGAUAUCUCCACGGGAGAACAUUGGGGGAAUCGAGAGGGAUAAAAUCGGAAUAUCCGAGAGAUCGCUGGGACUAGAGUGCAGUUUCGAACGAGUAUCCGCGAGUGCCGAUCAAAGCAGAUGCGCGAGAAAGGAGAGAUAAUUGCAUAUGGGAAAAUUCGAGCGCUGGACGUCUGAUUGAAGCCACGAUCGCUAUCGAAACGCUUCGAGGAGGAGAAAACAAAAUUGCACACCAAACUCCCCAAAUUGAUCCGUGAUGCCAACAGGAAGAAAAGGAGGGCAUUAAGAAGAUUUGUGUGCAAGCGCUCUCGGGGAGAAGGCAUACGCUACGAGUAACCGUCGACCGAGCAAGUGCGUGCAGAGAGAAAGAGAGAGGGAGCACGCAUCAGCGUUUUAUAUCACGAAAUUACUCGAGGCGGGUCGAUCGAAUCGCAAGUCCGGCACAAUGGACAGCGUCACACUGAUGAACAUGAUGCGCAAUCGGAUGAUCAACGUCCAAUUCAGAGAUCUGUCGUACGAGGUCAAACUUGGGUUUUGCAAGCCGCGGAAGCAGAUCCUCAAGGGGCUGAACGGCUUCUUCCGGGGCACCGAGCUGACGGCCAUCAUGGGGCCGUCCGGUUCCGGCAAGUCGACGCUGCUGAACAUCUUGAGCGGCUUCCAAGAGGGUAAGUACACAGGAAAGGUGGAGUACCUCGACAGCGGCAGUAAGCAGAAGAGUAACAGCAGCAAGGAAACAAGGAAGCAACUGUGCUAUAUCCAGCAGACGGACAACCUGCACGGCUUCUUCACCGUCUACGAGAUCAUGAUGAUCACGAGUUACCUGAAGCUCAACCGCACGGUCUCGCACGAGUCCCGGCAGAUGCUGAUCGCCAAGAUCCUGGAGACGCUCAGUCUGUCGCAGACCAAGGAGACGCGAGUGAGCCGGCUGAGCGGCGGCCAAAGGAAGCGGCUGAGCAUAGCCCUGGAGAUUAUCGACAAUCCGCCGGUCAUGUUUUUGGACGAGCCGACCACCGGCUUGGACUCGAUGUCGUCUCACCAGUGCGUGUCCGUGUUGAAGACGCUGGCGCGAGCUGGCAGAACGAUCAUCUGCACGAUCCACCAGCCCAGCGCGGCGAUCUAUCAGAUGUUCGAUCACAUCUACCUGCUGGUGGACGGCCACUGCAUGUAUCACUCGUCGCCCAACGACACGAUCGAGUACUUCGCUCAGCAGGGUCUCCAGUGUCCGCAGUACCACAAUCCGGCGGACUACAUGCUGGAGGUGGUGACCCGCGAGUACGGCAAUUACGACGAGCAGUUGAUCGCGACGGCCAAGUGUCUCGACUGGCCGAAGGGUGAGGAGGAGUGUUCGAGGGAGCCGUCGAACAACGUGAAGGUGCUCAACGACGAUCAAAUGCUAAGCCCGCCCUCGGAGUUGACGCGAUUCUGGGUGCUGCUGCAGCGCUACGCUAUCUUGGCGUACCGAGACUACUCGACGGUGCGUGUCAAGAUCGUCCUCCACUUCCUCGUGGCGGUGUUGUUGGGUCUGCUUUUCGAGCAAGCCGGCAACGACGGCAGUAAGACGAUCAGCAACAUCAGCUACAUGCAGGUGACCACGUUGUACUUGUUCUACACCGGCAUGAUGCCGGCCGUGCUCAAGUUCCCCUUGGAGGUCAACAUUCUGCGGAAGGAGCGCUUCAACAACUGGUACCAACUGAAGACUUACUACGUGGCCACGAUGGUGUGCAUGCUACCCUUUCAAAUAAUCUUCGCCUUCAUCUACUCGUUCGUCUCCUACUUUAUGACCAGCCAACCGCUCGAGUACUCCCGCUUUCUCAUGUAUCUGCUAGUCGCUAUCUUAACCAACCUCACCUCCGAAGCUAUAGGCCUCUGGCUAGGCGCGCUUUUCAAUCCCAUCAACGGGAUUUUCAUCGGAUCCGUCAUCGCGUGCAUCAUGCUGAGCCUCACCGGCUUCAUGAUCUUCUUCAUACAUAUGCCUAAGUUCUUUAAAUAUAUCAGCUACGUGAACAUACACCGAUAUAUCUUCGACGGCCUGGUCUACGCUGUCUACAAUAAUCGUGAGAAAUUACCUUGUCCAACCAUCUAUUGCCACUAUCGGAUGCCAAAUACGAUAUUAGAGGAGCUCAGUAUGUCCAAGUCAAUAUUUUGGGUCGACGUUGCCAUAUUGUUCGCCUUUUUAAUCAUGUUCCGAAUAUUGGCUUAUGUGACGCUGAAGAGACGACUGUCGAAGAUAGAUUGAAAGAAACAACACGUCGAGUAUAAAUGCGCGACUCACUUGGUGAGACACUCCGUAGCCUCCGCGAACGACGCGUCGUUUUCUUCGCACGAGUUGUGGAAAGAGCGUGUUGCAAAACGCGUCGUCGAUCGAGUUACAUACUCGAAGUCACGUAACCUCAAUAUGGCUGUGACAAGGUAACGUUUUUACCGUUUCAUUGUAAUCGUUUUUACUUCUUUUUUAUUCCUCGGAAAGUUAUUCGUAGAGUAGCGAACACAGUGAUGGGUCUUGAGCGCAGCCGGGGGAUAUAACGAACGGAAAUAAGUUCCCCGUCCAGCUGGAAGUAAAAGUAUCGCUCGCAAUCGGACCUUUUCUGACCCGGUUUCUCGUCUUCGCUAAAUCCGCGCGCUAAAAUGCGGAAGAAGGGACGACGGCGUGGAAAGCGAGUCGUGACACCGCGAGCGUCACUGCGCGCGCGGCGACGCUUUCACACUACUCACACUCCGAGUGACGCGUGCCGGACGAUCCGAUGAGCAUCGCGAGAUAUUCGAAGCGAUUUUGAUCAGACCACGCAGCGAGACUCGCAUUUUGUCAUUCCGCAAUUCUCAUCUGCAGCAUUGUAUAUAUCAUUUUCUUUCAUCGCUAAGAACCGUCCAUGCAGCGCGGAUAUCGAUCUGCAGAUCGAUUUAGGAUCUUCGAUCGAUAUUGUCGUCGUCGACGAAAUAGGAAAGGAAGAACACUAGCAAAAUCGGGAUAUUUGCCGAAAUGAUCGCAUUUGGAUAUUGUAUUAUAUAUUUUCCAAGGUUGGGAAAUAACGUGUUCAAGCCCAAAUUUCUGUACAGCACAUAGCGCAUAAGAGAGUCAACUAAUCAAAAAUCCCCAAGAUGAAAAUAAAGGACUUUGGUUGAUUCUCUUAUGCAUUAUGCGUUAUGCAGAGGUCUGCGCUCCAGCCUUUAGUUGUAACGUCGUUACAGUUAUUUUUUUUCAGUAACGAUUUGAUAACGACAUCACAUUUUUUCGCCAAUAACGGUAGUGGUAAUGCAGUUACAUUUUUUGGAUAACGGAUAUAACCGUUACUUUUAUCGUUACUUCGCACAAUAUAUAUAUAUAUGAAACGAACAUAAGUGAAUCCUCAAAGAAAAGCCUUCAAAGCUCGAUGAAAGAGUAAUAACUCGCUACUUCUUGAAGAACAAUAACGAUAACGAGUUACUUUUCAAAGGUAAUUUUCCUAACUCUGAUACAACCGCUGUAACAAAUCGUUUAUUAAUUUAAGGUGAAAUCGUAAUGUACUUACUACGUUAUCACUCCGAAAGUAAGGAUAUAUAUUAGUCGUUAAGGGCUGAACAUAUCGACAAUAGGUAACAACCCAGUUAAUGCAUUCAAUUACUGCUAUAUAGCUUAGGAAUACAAAUUUAUACAACGAAAGUGUUAUAACAGUUAUAUUACAAUUUUAUAAUUUUACUGUCUCUUUGUAUAUAACUACUCAGUCAACACAUUCAGUUGCUGCUAUAUAGCUUGGACAUAAAAAGUUACAUAACGAAAAGUUACAUAACGAGUAUGUUAUAUUAUAACAGAUACACUACAGUUUUUGUUAAUUUACCGUCUUUUUGUUUUUGUGUACGUUUCAGCAUAUUUACGUAGUAGAGAGCGUCACAGCUUUCUGAUUUUUCCGACAGCUGCUUGAGAGUAAAGAUAUUUUCUCUCUUAGUUUGUACUUGAUAUAGGACCACACGUUCUCAAUUGAAUUCGCAUCUAGGAACGAUAUAGGUCAAUUAAUUUUGAUGAUGCCAUGUUUAGUUUUCCAUUCUGUGCAAAAGCGACUCCGACGUUUGGGAUUGUCGUUUUCUUGAAGCUUCCAAAUGUCUCUAUUUUUUCCAUAAAAUUUCUCAGCAGAUGCCGACUAACAUUUCUGGUAAAUAUACACUCAUGUUUGUCAAUCCCGAGUAAUAAGAUCAUCCACCGGACAGUUAAGCAUCCGAUAUUAUCCGAUUAAGACCCAUGUUUGGGAGUGUUUCUCUAAGCAUAAUUUUGGUUGCCUCUAUUCGUUUACUGACAACCUAAACGCUAAACGUCGUCUGUGUACAGCGUGGAAAGAGGAAAGUGGCACAAUGACCUUAGACUGACUUGCGCAAUCACCGGAUACGAAUUCGAUUGAAAACGUUUGGGGUUUUAUGAAGCAGAAAUUACGGGGAAAAUUUGUGUGCCAUACAAUUACCACAAUAGCCCGUAUUCUGAACUCUCUUUUAUCAAUAAAAGUGUCUUUAAAAGUA